AUGGCGGAUCCCCCCGAAUGUUGCAAAUCACACGCGCAUAUGGACGGGAAGAUCGACGGCUGUCAGCAGUUCAUGGUUGGCUGGAGGGACCCCUCGGACUGCCGGAUCUGCGGCUGCCACAGGAAUUUCCACCGGAAACCGGAGCGGCCGGUCAAGUACGAAACUGUGGUUGUCUAUACGAAGUGCCAGAAGAUCCACAAUUUCAAGUUCCAGAGCACGGUGGACGGCUGCCAGGAGUUCAUCCCCAAGGACGACACCACCGCCGCCGCCGCCGGGCUAACCUGCGCCGCGUGCGGCUGCCACAAGGGGUUUCAUCGAAAUUAG